AUGUCACUAAACAUAACUGGCAUCGCGCGUGGGUUGGCAAAUACCACUCUUUCAAGCCUAGCUUCAGCCGCCGAAGGCGGGUUGGCAAAUACCACUCUUUCAAACCUAGUUUCAGCCGUCGGAGGUGGUGAACAACUGCAAGACAAGGCUUCUGAGCAACUGAGAGAUUAUUCGGAAUCACAAAAGGCUGGACGGAAAAUAUUGAAGUCCGCUUCUGGGAGACCUCUUGGUAGUCUGAGGUCCCUUACUGCCGGACCACGUGGACCAAUGCUCCUUCAAGACACGGUGUACAUCGAAGAACUUUCACAUUUCAACAGAGAAAGAAUCCCAGAGAGGGUUGUUCAUGUCAAAGGAAACGGGGCCUUCGGAUACUUCGAAGUCACAGACGAUGUUACGCAGUACACCAAAGCAAAGUUAUUUUCUGAAGUUGGGAAGCGAACCCCGAUUGCUGUUCGAUUUUCUCUAGCCGCUCAAGACAGGGGAGGGCCUGAUACAGAUAGAGACCUCCGUGGCUUCGCCAUCAAGUUCUACACAGAAGAAGGAAACUGGGAUUUGGUCGGAAUACAUGUCCCAGUUUUUCCCAUCCGAGAUCCAAUUGCCUUCCCAAGCUUUGCUCAUUCCCUGAAAAGAAAUCCGGUGACCAAUUUUCAGGAUUUAAAUAUGGCUUGGGACAUUUUCUCAUUGCAGCCUGAAGGUUUGAAUUUGUUAAUGUAUUUCUUUUCUGAUCAAGGGAUCCCCGAGUCAUAUAGGAACAUGGAUGGCUUUGGCGUCAAUACCUUCAAGUUAGUCAACGAAUCAGGAAAAAUUUUUUACUGCAAAUUUUCUUAUUUGACUGACCAAGGCAAGAAGAAUAUGUUCACGGAGAAAGCUGUUCUGACAGGAGCCGUAAUGCCAGAUAACCAUGGCAAAGAUUUGUACAAUGCAAUUGAGAACGGGAAGUUUCCCUCCUGGACUUUCUAUAUUCAAGUGAUGACACCUGAAGAAGCAAAAAAUAACAGCUUUAAUCCAUUCGAUCCUACUAAGCUUUGGCCUGAAAGUCAGUAUCCAAAGAUAAAAGUUGGAAAACUGGUUCUCAACAAAAACCCCUCUAAUUAUUUCGCCGAAGUCGAACAGUUGGCAUUCAAUCCAGGAAAUUUCGUUCCAGGCAUCGAAGCAAGCCCUGACAAAAUUCUGCAGGGACGUCUUUUCGCCUACGCGGACACACAACGGUACAGGCUCGGUACCAACUUCGAACAACUUCCAGUCAACUGUCCUUUCAGAUCCCGUCCGAGGAACUAUCAACGAGAUGGAAUGGCCACUGUCACGGAUAAUCAAGAUGGUGCUCCAAAUUACUAUCCUAACAGCUUUGGAGGCCCCGAGGGAGACCCGAAAGCAGAAGAAAGCAUUUUCGAUGUCCACGGAGAAGUUGCUCGAUAUGACUUUUCUGAUGACGAUAACUUUUCUCAAGCACGUGAAUUUUACAGACAGCUACCCGAAGACGAAAAACUUCGCCUGGUGCAAAACAUCUUCCUAAGUAUUGCGAAUGUUGAGAAAUUCAUCCAAGAGCGCCAGAUUGGAAAUUUCAACCAAGUAGAUCCAGAGCUUGGAGAAAGAGUUAGAGUUGCAUUACUGGCGGCCCCACUAGUGCCGGAUCUAUCGCAAGUAUAAGAAGACCAAUUAAAGGAAAGUUCUUGACCAAAUAUUAUACUUCAUCGCAAUGAAUUGGGG